AUGGCAACUUCCAAAGAGGAACGAGACGAGGUCGCUCAGGAAAUGUUUGGCAAGACGUUUGAUGAGUGCGAGAGCAUGGAGCGAAUCAGAGUCGGCGCCCACAUCGGCGGCAAACGAGGCGGUGGACGUAUCCACGAGAUGGCUGAGGAAAAGAAGCAGCAAGCGCGCGAGGGCAUGGGGGAGGAGGAGGGCGAGGGGGAGGAAGAGGAGGAGGAAAUGGGAGAGGAGGAAGGAGCGGAGGGCGAGGAGCAGGAGGGACGUGCGACAGCUAAGAAGCAGGGCGAGGGAAAGAUGCGGAGGAAGGGACGGGCCAAGUAG